AUGGGAUUCAAACAAGACUGGUCUCAAGCGACGCCAUACUUGGCCUUUUGCGUCUUCACUUUCUGUUGGGCCAAUGUCAUCUUCGGACUCGACACGUCCACCUUUGGUUCUUUACAAGCUUUGCCGUCCUGGUUGGGUCAAUUCGGUACCAAUGGCAAAUUGACUACGUUACAGAAAGCCGUCGCCAACUCUGUCGUCUACAUCGGGCGAAUGGCCGGUACUCUGUCCUUUGAGCCAAUCGCCGAAAGAUUCGGUUACAAAGUCCUUCUGGCAGCUAUCGCGUGUAUUCAGGUCAUCUCCGUCGCAAUCCAGCUGGCCGCUGGAAACUUCAACACCUUUAUCGCUGGCCGAACAGUGUCAUACAUCGCCGUUGGCUGGAUCGAUGGCACAAUCGCUUCGUAUGCUUCUGAAAUCGCCCCAACUGCUUUAAGAGGUUUCUUCUCCGGUCUAUUAGCCCCAAUGGCCAACUUGGCUUCCGUCUGGGGUGCCGGUAUGUGUCAACAUUACGCAACCGAAACCAGAAAAAUCGGCUGGAUGGUACCGAUCGCCGUUCAACUCAUCCCUGUGGUUAUGAUCGCUGGUUGUUGGCCAUUUGCCGCCGAAUCGCCACGUUGGCUGGUGGCUCAUGGCAAGCCCGACCAAGCGCUGAAAGCACUCAAACGACUCAGGAGAAAGCAGGAUGUCGAUGCCGGUAUGUGCGAAGCCGAGUUGGAAGGAAUCACAUACGCCAUCGAAUAUGAUCGGACUCACGCUACAGCAAGAUGGAGAGAUCUGGUAUCCAAAGUCGCUUACAAACAAUUCAUAUACACCAUCUUGUUCUUCUUCUUCUAUCCAUCUACGGGUAACGCGUUCUACAAUGCUUACGGAGCAACCUUCUUCAAGUCGAUCGGUCUGGGAAACAAGUCAUUCACAUAUACCAUCCUCUGUCAAUUGAUGGGUAUGAUCGGUGGACUGACAGGUCUUCUCCUGACCGAUCGGGUCGGACGUCGUCCACUGCUCAUCAUCGGCUCUGCCUUACUCGUGCUCUUUGACGGAUUGGCCGCAGGCUUGGCUUCUAAACCUAACCGAUCUAGUACCGAAAACAAUGUAGUAGUAGCCUGUUGGACGUUGAUGUUAUGGUCAGCCAAAUUAUCUUGGGCGACACAUGCUUAUAUCGUUGUACCUGAGAUGGGUGGUAUCAGAAUGAGGAGAAAACUGGUUCAAGUCGGGACUACAGUAGAUGUCUUGGGAAAUUGGUUGUGGGGGUUCGCCAGUCCUUACAUCCAGGUUCAUCAAGCCACUCAAGGACCUAAGAUUGGGUAUCUGUUCGCUGGGUUUGCCGGGCUCGCGUUGAUCUUUGCAAUUGUGGCUGCACCCGAGCUCAAAGGCCGUUCUCUGGAGGAAGUCGACGAGAUGUUCGGUAAAUUCCGAUGGGGUUGGGAGUACAAGAACUAUAUUACUACCGGUGUCGGCGCAACAGUCGCUCAAAUCGGUCAACAUGAGCAGGUGGAAGACCUCGAAGCGAAGGAAGACGAGAAGCACGUCGCUCACAACACUUCUAUGGUCAGAGUCGAUUCUGUAUAA